AUGAUCUUCCUCGCCAGUAGCUCAUCCUGUGAUGCAAAACUACACCCAUUUGUAUACAAUCUCACCUCCUCUUACGCAGACCAAAGAAAUGAGGUCACCAUGGUGUUCACCUCGGCUGUCAUGUUCAUGCUUGCCGCCCUCUUCUUUACCCUCAAUCUCUUCAGCCGCUUGUCCGUCCUGAGCGCCAUCCUCAACCCCAGCGUUCGUCUGUUCCUCUCCACCUCACUGUCACUCUUCCUGCCCGUCAUGUCCUACCUCUUCUCCGAGGCCAAGAACGCAGGUGCCGCUUUGGCUGCUAUAAGUCCCAAUAGCUCCAGCUACAGCCAGCUCGGCACCGAGCUGUCACUACAGGCUCGGACGAUCCUCAUGUGGAUGCUUCUCGUGGAGCUCCUCCGCAAAAAAGUGGAGGCCAUCCUGGUCAACGCGGGCAUGCAAUGGCAAUCCGGUACCAUCGAUCGCGCUUCCCGCAUCGCUUGGUUGGGCUACCUCGUUUUCUACAACCUCAACAGCACCGGCAAGAAAGCAAUCUAUGGCACCUUAUGGAUCGUCGCUGCUGCCAAGUUUCUGCAGAGAGUCUCCAUCAACGAGCUGCUCAAGCGUUCUUUCGCCUAUGGCAAGAACGCUGAGCUGCUCAGCUCGUACAUGGCCCAGAUGCUACAGGAGAAAGAUCAGCAGGCCGGCAACGGCAAUGUUCAGGAUGAGGGAGCAGAGUUGUUGAAGAAGUGCAAGUACGCCGUGAUGGGAGAAGAGGAGUUGGAGAUGAAGCCUGGCCCGGAGGGCUACCUUCUCGAGCUGAAGAAGCCCAGUACCGUUGACACGGACGCCAACACCGACUCCACCAUCAUCACCAUUGGUGAUAUUUGGAGGCUCGCGGAGAAGGACAAGGGCGGAAUCCUCCAAGAAGACCCAAGUCUUAAAAGGCUAUGCCUCUCGUUCGCCCUCUACAAGCUGCUCCGGAGGAGGUUCGAGGACCUCCCCAUCACCCAAGAGGAAACCUCCAAUUGCCACGGUCUCAUCUUUAGAGGCCUGUGCAAGGAGCUGCUGCAAGGCGCUGAGCUUGAACUGUCAACCCAAAGGUUCGACGAAGUGCGGAAGGAGGAUCUGAAAGCCAUGUGGGUUGCAGUUGCAGUAUUCGAAGUGUUCGACCAGGAGAUCCAAUUCCUCAGCGAAUACUACCACUCAGUUCUACCUGUGGUGCUCUCCAGCCCUUUCUUCUUCCUUGCAAACUACAUCCUGUUUCCCGUCGUGGUAUGGGCCUUCUGCCUCCUGACGUUCAUCCUCUGCGGCAACGGGGACGUGCGCUACGCGUACCAUAGCAUCAUCACUGACAACUACAUCAUAUCAAUCGGCAUGAUGAAAAUAGCCGGAUGCCUCCUAACAAGAAUAAUCCAUUCACCGGAGGCGCUCUUCACAACCGUCGAUCUGGCCAUCACUAUGCUGCUCUUGCUCACCUUCCUCUACGAGGAAGUAUGGGAGUUCCUCGUCUUCAUCCUCUCCAACUGGCUCAUGGUGUCACUUGUCUGUGAGUAUACCGCCAAGAGCCGCUGGCGUGACAGCCGCAUCUUAAGCAGCCUCAUCCGCCGUAUCCUAUGGGUACAGAGUAAGAUAAGCCGUCGCAACCUUUGCUUUAACCAAUUCUCCAUGUUUGGGUUCGGCGGCCUAUCACCCAUGAUGCUGCGUAAGAAGGCAGUGCCCAUGGAAGUGAAGAAGUCCAUCAUGAAAUACCUUGUGGCUCAAAUCAAUGAUGGCCACGCCCAUGCUGCACCUCUCAGCAACGGCUGGUCCACGCUGCAGUCGGAGAAGCACAGAGAAAGCCAGUAUAGAUCACAGCUCUCAUUGGCAUGCGAGAGCAAGAGCGUCGCCGAGGUUAUCCUCAUCUGGCACAUUGCUACCAGCCUUUUGGAUAAGAAGUGCACACUGCAGAACAAGACCUCGAUGGGAGCUCAUCACAAGGUGGCAGUCACGCUAUCCGGGUACUGCGCUCACUUGGUGGCCUCGUAUCCGGAGCUGCUUCCAGACAAUAAGGACGGGACGAUCCACGUGUACAAGGAGAUGAAAGAGCAGUUGAAGAAUGAGCUGGGAGGGUGUUGGAGGUACCACCUGUCCUUGCCAGGCACCAGGUACAACAGGCUGGUUGAGAUCUCAAAAGGGCAGGAGGAGACGACGUUGGUGCAGAGGGGAGCAAAGAUGGGGGAUUUGCUUCUAGAGAUGGCACAGAAGAAGGAGGGUGUGUGGGAGCUACUGGCUGACCUUUGGACGGAGCUCAUGGUGUAUGUGGCUCCAUCUGGUGGAGAGCUGCACGUGAAGGCACACAAGGAGGCGCUGGCACAAGGGGGCGAGUUCAUCACCGUGCUCUGGGCGCUGUGCACGCAUACCGGUAUAACCAGGCCCGCCAUUGCACCUUGGGAGGCACAGCGCCAUCAUGCGCUUGAACCAUAG